CAAGGCGGCCACAGUCCGACGAGGACAGGCCGCCCGCCUGGGGCCCUACUUCGAGGCAGAGCCCGACACAAUUAGGGCGUCCGAGCCAGAGUCGUCUACGCGUUGGGAAGACGGUGCGGCCCAGCCGAGGGUGGAGACCGCACUGUGACGGGCUUCCGAGGUGGGAGUGGUGUGGCUCGAGGAAGGCGAGAGGAAGAGGAGCAGAAGGGGGCAGCAGCGGCCGCCGCUAACGGCCUCCCUGGGCGCUGACAGGCUGGGCGGGCGCCCGGCUGGCUCACGAGUUCGCGCUCGGCGCCCGGGCCCGGACUUUCGGCGCGCGUCGGAGAGCUGUGGUCACUGCGCAGAGAGAAAGGCCCGGUCCUCGCCUCCUAGGGAUGUGAGUGGGAGCCGAACCCUCUCGGGAGGGCCGCGGAGAGCCCAGCCUGACAGACCCUCGGACCCGCGCGCACUCCGGGAGCUUCGCAGUCCUCGGCGGGCUGCAGGCGCCCGGUGGGAGCAGCCUCUGCGGGCUGGGCGCGCGUCCUUGUGGCCCGAUCCUUGCAGCAGGUUUCAGAAGCAGGCAAGGGAACAAGAUGUGAACUGUUUCUCUUCUGCAGAAAAAGAGGCCCGUUUUCCCCUUGCCGCGACGGCAAAAUGUUCUGAAAAAGCCUCUGCAUGGGGGAAUGGCUUGCCUUACAAUGACAGAAAUGGAAGGAACAUCCACAUCUCCUAUACAUCAGAAUGGUGAUAUUCCUGGAAAUGCUAAUUCUGUGAAGCAAAUAGAUCCAGUACUACAGGUGUAUCUUUAUCAUUCCCUUGAGAAAGCUGAGGGAGACUGCCUGAGGUUUCCAGCUGGGGAGUAUGUUGCAGAAGAGAUCUGUGUUGCUGCUUCUCAAGCUUGUGGAAUCACACCUGUAUAUCAUAGUAUGUUUGCUUUAAUGAGUGAAACAGAGAGGAUCUGGUAUCCACCUAAUCAUGUCUUCCAUAUAGAUGAAUCAACCAGGCACAAUGUACUCUACAGAUUAAGGUUUUACUUUCCUUAUUGGUAUUGUAACGGCAGCAAGAGAGCUUACCGACACGGGGUCUCUCGUGGCACUGAAGCCCCGCUUCUUGAUGACUUUGUCAUGUCUUACCUUUUUGCUCAGUGGCGGCAUGAUUUUUUGCAUGGGUGGAUAAAAGUACCUGUGACUCAUGAGACACAGGAAGAAUGUCUUGGAAUGGCAGUGUUAGAUAUGAUGAGAAUAGCCAAAGAGAAGGACCAGACCCCACUGGACAUCUAUAGUUCUAUCAGCUACAAGACAUUCUUACCAAAAUGUGUUCGAGCAAAGAUCCAAGACUAUCAUAUUUUGACAAGGAAGAGAAUAAGGUACAGAUUUCGCAGAUUCAUUGAGCAAUUCAGCCAUUGUAAAGCCACUGCCAGAAACUUGAAACUUAAGUAUCUUAUAAAUCUGGAAACUCUUCAGUCUGCCUUCUACACAGAGCAGUUUGAAGUAAAAGAACCUGGAAGAGGUCCUUCAGGUGAGGAGAUUUUUGCAACCAUUGUAAUAACUGGAAACGGUGGAAUUCAGUGGUCAAGAGGGAAACUUAAAGAAAGUGAGACACUGACAGAACAGGAUUUACAGUUAUAUUGUGAUUUUCCUGAUAUUAUUGAUGUCACUAUUAAGCAAGCAAGCCAAGAAGUUUCAAAUGAAAGCAGAAUUGUAACUAUCCAUAAGCAAGAUGGUAAAAAUCUGGAAAUUGAACUUAGCUCAUUAAGAGCAGCUUUGUCUUUUGUAUCAUUAAUUGAUGGAUAUUAUAGAUUAACUGCAGAUGCACAUCAUUACCUCUGUAAAGAAGUAGCACCUCCAAUGGUGCUUGAAAACAUACAAAGCAACUGUCAUGGCCCAAUUUUAAUGGAUUUUGCCAUCAGUAAACUGAAGAAAGCAGGAAAUCAGACUGGACUUUAUGUACUUCGAUGCAGUCCUAAGGACUUUAAUAAAUAUUUUCUGACUUUUGCUGUCGAGCGAGAAAAUGUCAUUGAAUAUAAGCACUGUUUGAUUACAAAAAAUGAGAAUGGAGAAUACAACCUCAAUGGGACUAAGAAGAACUUCAGUAAUCUUAAAGAUCUUCUGAAUUGCUACCAGAUGGAAACUGUUCGCUCAGACAGUAUAAUAUUCCAGUUUACAAAGUGCUGUCCCCCAAAGCUGAAAGAUAAAUCAAACCUUCUAGUCUUCAGAACUAAUGGUCUUUCUGAUGUACCAACCUCACCAACGUUGCACAGGCAUAAUAAUGUGAACCAAAUGGUGUUUCACAAAAUUAGAAAUGAAGAUUUGACAUUUAAUGAAAGCCUUGGCCAGGGGACUUUUACAAAAAUUUUUAAAGGUGUACGAAGAGAAGUAGGAGACUAUGAUCAAUUGCAUGAAACAGAAGUUCUUUUAAAAGUUCUGGAUAAAGCACAUAGAAACUAUUCAGAGUCUUUCUUUGAAGCAGCAAGCAUGAUGAGCCAGCUUUCUCACAAACAUCUGGUUUUAAACUAUGGAGUAUGUGUCUGUGGAGAGGAGAAUAUCCUGGUUCAGGAGUUUGUAAAAUUUGGAUCAUUAGAUACAUAUCUGAAAAAGAAUAAAAAUUCUAUAAAUAUAUUGUGGAAACUUGAAGUGGCUAAACAGUUGGCAUGGGCCAUGCAUUUUCUAGAAGAAAAAGCCCUUACUCAUGGGAAUGUGUGUGCCAAAAAUAUUCUGCUUAUCAGAGAAGAAGACAGGAAGAUAGGAAAUCCACCUUUCAUCAAACUUAGUGAUCCUGGCAUUAGUAUGACAGUUUUGCCAAAGGACAUUCUUCAGGAGAGAAUACCAUGGGUGCCACCUGAAUGCAUUGAAAAUCCUAAAAAUCUAAACUUGGCAACAGACAAAUGGAGUUUUGGUACCACUUUGUGGGAAAUCUGCAGUGGAGGAGAUAAGCCUUUGAGUGCUUUGGAUUCUCAAAGAAAGCUACAGUUUUAUGAAGAUAGGCACCAGCUUCCUGCACCAAAGUGGACAGAAUUAGCAAAUCUCAUUAAUAAUUGUAUGGAUUAUGAACCAGAUUUUAGACCUUCUUUCAGAGCCAUCAUACGAGAUCUUAAUAGCUUGUUUACUCCAGAUUAUGAAUUAUUAACAGAAAAUGACAUGUUACUGAAUAUGAAGAUAGGUGCCCUAGGGUUUUCUGGUGCUUUUGAAGACCAAGACCCUACACAGUUUGAAGAGAGACACUUGAAAUUUCUACAGCAACUUGGCAAGGGUAAUUUUGGGAGUGUGGAGAUGUGCCGGUAUGACCCUCUACAAGACAACACUGGGGAGGUGGUGGCUGUAAAAAAGCUCCAACACAGUACUGAAGAGCACCUCAGAGACUUUGAAAGGGAAAUUGAAAUCCUUAAAUCUUUGCAGCAUGACAACAUUGUAAAGUACAAGGGAGUAUGCUACAGUGCUGGCCGGCGUAAUCUAAGAUUAAUUAUGGAAUAUUUACCAUAUGGAAGUUUGCGAGACUAUCUCCAAAAACAUAAGGAACGGAUAGAUCAUAACAAACUUCUGCAGUACACAUCUCAGAUAUGCAAGGGUAUGGAGUAUCUUGGUACAAAAAGGUAUAUCCAUAGGGAUCUGGCAACAAGGAAUAUAUUGGUGGAGAAUGAAAACAGAGUUAAAAUUGGGGAUUUUGGGUUAACUAAAGUCUUGCCACAAGACAAAGAAUACUACAAAGUGAAAGAACCUGGUGAAAGUCCUAUAUUCUGGUAUGCUCCAGAGUCACUCACAGAGAGCAAGUUUUCUGUAGCCUCAGAUGUUUGGAGCUUUGGAGUGGUUCUGUAUGAGCUUUUCACAUAUAUUGAGAAGAGUAAAAGUCCACCAGCGGAAUUUAUGCGUAUGAUUGGCAAUGACAAACAAGGACAGAUGAUUGUGUUUCAUUUGAUAGAACUCCUGAAGAAUAACGGAAGAUUACCAAGACCAGACGGGUGCCCAGAUGAGAUUUAUGUGAUUAUGACAGAAUGCUGGAACAAUAAUGUAAAUCAGCGCCCCUCUUUCAGAGAUCUAGCUCUUCGAGUUGAUCAAAUAAGGGACACCAUGGCUGGAUGAAAGAAAUGAACUUAACUCUGAGACCAAAUAUACUUGCAGAAGAAAGUUUUGUAUUUCACAUUGCUGUGAACUAUUAUUGCUGUGAACUAUUAUUAUGUAUGUCAUGAUGCUAGCCAACAAAGAUUUGGAAAUACCUGUUGAAAACUUCAAAGUUCAGUGAGUUUUUCUCAUUGAGAGCACCAGUAAAAGACAUUGAUGAAAAGUCCUUAACAAAGCAUUUUGUAAAAAAUUUCAUGAACCUGAUCAAUUAGUUAAUAUCACCUUUCUUUGGCACAAGAAAAAUAAUGUUUUUUUCAACUCAGAACUUUGAGAGAUGAAAAAAUUGUAAAUUUUGUAGUGUUAAAGAUGCACAGAAUACAUAUGUACAGUUUUUACCACAGUGAAUGUGUACCUUGGCAUCUUGUGUGAUGUUUUAUACAAGGGCUGGCAUUCAUUAAUAAUGUUUUCUAAUUUUUCCAUAGUUGAUCUAUAAUAACUUCACUAUAUAAAUUAAGAUGCUUGGAUAAUUGAAUAAGCACUUUUGUGUCCUUGUUAACCUAUGCCACUAGCCAGCAAUAUAAGCAGAUGUACAUCUUUAGCUUGUAGCUUUAUGUACUGUAAAUAUUUUAAAAAGCAAAGGGAACAAAUGUUUAAUUUCAUUUGUAUAGGAAAUUUCCCUGGCUCUAAAGAACACAUUUUUGAAAUGGAACAAGUUUACAAAGGUGUAAAACAAUCUAUUUUCUUAUUUGUCUCCCUUUCAUCUGUUUGUGGUGAGGAUGUUUUUUAAAUAGAACUCUCUCAAAUUUUUUUAAGGCUACAGUGAAUAGUUUUCUUUUAAAACUUUGAGAUUACGAAUGCCAGGAAUAUGUCAUCCCUUGAGCUGUUGGCCGCCAAUAAGAUUCUUCAAUCCCUGGGACCUAUGGUCAUGCAUUAAAUUCAAGCAUAAGCCAUAAAAUAGUUUUUCAGAUGUAUAUGCUUAUUAAUAAGACACAUAGUGGAGCAGGAUGUUUUUACCUAAAGACUAUAUAUUUUAGGAGUUUCCGAAGUCUCUAUUGCAGUCAUAGAAGAGAUUUCCUUUUGUUUGAGAUUCUUACAUGCAAGGGAAAUAUGAGAAUAAAUUGGUGAAAAAGUAUGUUUGUUAACUUUAUUGAAGAAUGCCAGUAGAAAAAUUCAUAAUGUAUGCCUUUUAGAAAAAUGAGAGUAUACAUAUUUCCCCUAAGUGUAGAGGGCUGUUUGUUGUCAUUAUUUGUUUCAGUGCUGCUCCUCUUUAGGGGUGUGCGUGGUGUGUGUUACACAAAGCUUAAAAUACUUGAUAUUUUGGUUAAAAGAAAAUUAUUUAUUUUCAAUAACGUGCUAUUUUUUAAAUUUGUACAUAAGACUUUUGAUUAUCUUUCUAGUUUUUGGAGAUGGUUUUAAAAUACAGAUUAUAUAAGAAAAAAUGCCUCACACAUAAAAUUUGAGAUUUUUUUGUUUGAAAGGGAGGAAAGAGGAGAAAUACUUUUUGCAUUAAAUUUAAAGCAUUUUUGUAGUUACUGAGUGCAGAAGUCAUCUAAAAUGGUAGUAUAUUGAUUUUAAAGGAUUUUUAGUAGAUGUUUUGGUGAACAUUGAGUAUAAUUUUUAUUUAAUUUGUAAAGAUUCCUCAGUGAUCUUUAUAUGUAAUGCAAUUAAUAGGUCUUCCAUUCUGUUACUUUUCAAGUCAAAAGUAGCAUAUUAUAAAAUAUGCUUGAUUUCAGAUUUUUGUACUAAAACUUAAGUACUUAAAAAUAGUUUAAGAAUUUAUAAUUUUUUGUUUGGAAAAACAAGGAUAUUAACUGUGUAUUUUUAAAACAAUAUUAUUUUUAAUGUUUCAGUUUUUAGUUUUAAAAAAUACUAUACAAACAUCCUUAAGUUAGAAUGAGAUGGCUAUCUGUAAAAUUUUAAGUUUUCAAGAGAAUUAUUCAUUGAGGGUUUGUGAUGUUUUGGAUUUUGAUUCUGGCCAGACAUAAAUAGAAAUUAAUCCUGCAGCUGUUUAGAUUGUUCUUCACAAGACACAGGUAAGUAAUUAUUGUAUAAGUUAAUAUAUAGUUGAUAGCAAUCAACUUAUACAAUAAAGUAAUUAUUGUAUAAGCCAAAAUGUUUCUUCAAAUUAGUAUCUUUAGAAAUGAAGGUAAGGAUUUUUUUAGAAUUCUAUAAUACUGUAAAUAUUCUAGUAUAUUUAAGUUAUAUAAUCUUGAUAUAAAUAAUUCCCUACAUUCAUGGCCACUUGGUUUGAGAAAUAGUCAUGUUUUCAUGUUGUUUUUUUUAUAUGCUGCCAUUAGCAAUAUAAUUUACUGUGGAAGAGUGCUUUCUUAUAACACAAUACUUCUAUUGUAAAGUCAAGUGAAAUUUUAUCACAACUAUAACUUCUGAUAUUUAAAUUUUGUUUAACCAGUUUUAUUAUGGAGUAGACAUUAGAAAAUACCUACAGUUCUAUACAUGGGAGGCCAUUCUCCAUGGGAUGGCAUUAAGGGGCCAGUUUAUUGAAACUGUUGUUUUCUUCACUGUGCUUUUAGUAUGUUCACAAAAUUGAAAUAUUGAUGUAAUAAA